CUUGAACAUCACAGUUGUUAUACUCCAAAUCACUCAAGAUGUCUAUGAUUACUGCUGCUCAGUGGGUUCCUAGAGGCUUUGCCGCCCCAUUCCCCCAGAAAUAUAAGCUCGACGAGUCCGAGUUUGAGAGAAUAGCUGAACUCGCCAAGCUGCAGCUGGACGACGCCGAAGAAGACCUCAAGGAAGCUCAGGACAAUGGCGAGGGCGAGGAUGAGGAGCAUGAGAACGGCGCUGGUGACGAUGAAAUGAAAGAUGACACAGAAUCUGGAGCCCAGACUACUGUAAAUCUCGACGAUGAGGACCUGAAGAAAUACAACCUUGACGACUACGACGACGAAGAUGCCGAAGCACAGCAAAAUGUUGGCGAGACAAAAGGCCUCAGCAUGUUCGGUAAUCUGAAGUCUCUGGCAUUCUACGGCUCUAACGAGGAAGAUCCUUACAUUACACUCAAAGAAGACGAUGAUGCUGAGGACCAGGAAGAUCUCCAGAUUUUGGCUACUGACAACCUUAUUUUGUCUGCCAAGGUGGAAGACGAGCUUGCCCAUUUGGAAGUUUAUGUUUACGAGGAUGAAGGCGAUAACCUAUACGUCCACCACGACAUUCUGCUUCCCGCCAUUCCCCUAGCCGUCGAAUGGCUGGACAUGCCCGUCAGCAACAAUGGAGCUCCCAAAGCUGACAAGGGCAAUUUUGUUGCCAUCGGUACUAUGGACCCCGAUAUCGAGAUCUGGGAUUUGGACACGGUCGACUGCAUGUACCCUAAUGCUAUCCUUGGUGCUGGCGCCAACCCUGAUGCCCAGAAGAGCAAGAAGAAGAAGAAGAAGGGCAAGAAAAUGAACGACGAAUACCACGUGGACUCGGUUCUCUCGCUCGCUGCCAACAGGCAACAUCGAAACCUGCUCGCGUCUGCUUCAGCAGACAAGACUGUCAAGCUCUGGGAUCUCAACACAACAACUUGCGCCAAAUCAUACGCAUACCAUACCGACAAGGUAUGCUCACUAGCCUGGCACAACACCGAAGCUACUAUUCUGUUGAGUGGUAGUUACGAUCGUACAGUGGUCGCCGCCGAUAUGCGUGCUCCCGACGCCAAGGCGCCUCGCUGGGGCGUUGAGAGUGACGUUGAAAACGUCCGCUGGAACCCUCAUGAUUCCAACUACUUUUUCGUAUCUACUGAAAAUGGCCUUGUUCACUACUACGAUGUGCGCAAUGCCCCAGCCAAGCCUGAAAACACCAAAUCUGUCUGGACUCUGCAGGCACACGACCAGGCCGUGUCCUCGUUCGACAUUAACCCUACUAUUCCGGGAUUCAUGAUUACUGGCUCCACUGACAGAACUGUCAAGCUGUGGAAUAUUCAAGAGACUGGCCCAUCGAUGGUUGUUUCUCGCAACCUUGACGUCGGCAAGGUAUUUGCUGCCAGUUUUGCCCCAGACUCUGAAGUCAGCUUCCGCGUUGCCGUCGCUGGCAGCACCGGCAGCAUGCACGUCUGGGACACCAGUACCAAUGCUUCUGUCCGUAAACUCUUUGCCGAUAGAGUUCCAAAGCAAAUUGAGGGCGAAGAGCUUGUCGAGGACAAGCUUGUUGGCGUCGAAGAUGACGAGAGCAGCUCCAGCGACGAGGAGGAAGAGGAGGGAAUCCCCAUCGGCUCAGAUGAUGAGGAAGACGAUGAAGAUGAAGAGAGUGAAGAAGAUGACGAUGACGCCAUGGAAGGUUAAACAAAAGUUGGAUUGUGAUUAUUGCAUAUUUCUCUUAUUCGGGAGUUUUCUUAGCACGUAAUGAUGUCACUUUGGAGCCAUUGGACCAGGGUAAAGGGUUGCAGGGGUCGCCCAAUAUAGACAACACAACAUAGGUAUCUAAAAAAAAGAAAUUCAGGCUUGACGUUCUCUUUGCGUAGUACUGGUUGAUGUCAUCAGCUGCUGCGCGAUGUACCUAAAGGCGUUGCAUAUGCUGCAAGCAAGUUCAUGCAUCUUAUCUAACAUCAUGAGCCUCCGACUGCAGACAGAUAGGCAAAAAUGGAAGCCUCCCAAGGGAUCUGUCUCAGAGCACAUCUAAGCCCCGCUAGUCUAUCUCGACAUUCUAACGGCAGUCAGAUUUGAGCUCUUACGUAUGGGUACGACGGGAUGCCCUUUUUCAUGCGGGCGUAAUGCUUCGCUUCGGUGCCAGCCUGGGCGUCUUGUGGUUCGUCACUGCUGUUGAAUUUGUAACAACCGAGGCGGAGCUGGAUCCCAUAAGAACAGGGACGUAAAGUUCAUGCGUAGCUGGCUGGUAGUGGAGCUUCUAGAGCCUCCCUGGCCAUUCAGGCUCUUGUGGUGGUCGGCGCAUAAAUAUCCUGAAACGCAAGGGGCUUGCGCGGGCUGUGCAAAUGGUUGGGUGAGAAGGACGGGAUGUUUGCAGGGCUACUGAAACGAGGCGGAAGUACGUCGCUG